AUGGUGAGUCUCAUCUUGUUGUUGUCGUUGCCAACAUAGCAUUUUUUUUUCGUUGUGUUUGUAACAUAGUCAUAUCUAUAUUAGAAAGCAAGCAUUCAUUCGUUUUUUUUGUCGAUUGCUUUGAUCAUCAUUAUCAUCGUAGUUGAGACUGUGUUGUUUCAUCAAAAGCCACACAAACACUGCUGGACUGAUGUGAUUAAAGUAAAGUUUUUAUACGACAACAACCAAGCCAAAACUGCUCGACAACAACAACAACCACAAUAUAAUUUGAUUCAACUCGCAAUAUACGAUAUUACAAACAGGAGACUGAGACAUAUAAUAACCACGGUGUUGUUGUCGGCCAGGCCAUCAUCACAUUAAAAUCCCUAAAUAUUAUUGCUAUUUGAACAUAACCAUAUUGAGUUUCGAUUGUAUUGUUUCUAAGAAUUCAAACACCUGAUUCUUGAAAUUUAUUUUGCUUUGAAUCGUGUUGUAGUAUAUCAUCAUCAUCGUGAUCUAUUCGGCGCCCAUUUAACAUUUUUGUGAUUUAGAAAAUUCAUUUAAAACAUUUUUUCUCAUUGACAACACUGAAAAUCUGAUAAUCUCAAAAAUCUGAAAAACGGCUGAUUCAAAUGGUUGAACCAACAGAUUCUAGUUUGGCAUUUUUCCAAAAAGCGUCACCAAAUCAAUGGCGUUUUGUAUAUGAGCUUCGUCGUGAUGCUAUCAAAUUGAAGGCCGAUCAACGGUCAUCAAAAAAAGGUGGUCCAGAAGAAUUCAUCAAAUUAGAUACAUGGUUUCGAGAGAAGCUACCACAAAUGAUACAUUCACGUAAAGAUCCACAUGUUCUUUACGAAGAAUUGGUACAAAUUGCCAAAUGGCGUCUUAUGAUGGGUAAAUAUCGUCCAAAAAUGUUGGAUUUGGUUCGUAUUAAUACAGAAACUUCAGUGGUUAAUAUCACAAGAAAAGCGUUUAAAAAAUUGCAACAUCAAAAAAAUCUUCAACAAGCCAUCACUCAAUUGGUCAAUCUUAAGGGUAUUGGCCCAUCUACUGCUUCUGCUGUGUUGGCUGCUGCUUAUCCUGAGGAAGCACCCUUCAUGUCUGAUGAGGGUAUGCUAUCAACACCAGGUGUUGAAGCCACCGAUUCGACCAUUGCCGAAUUCAACAAUUAUUCGGAACAACUUCGAAACAAGACUGAAUCGCUCCGUCAAUCAGAUCCAGAUUAUAAAUGGACUCCACACAAAGUGGAUCAGGUGUUGUGGAUAUAUUAUCUCAUUAAAGAUUAUAAACCAACACUGUUAGAUUCUAUGCCACGCGGUGAUGAUACAACGUCAACAAUCAAUACUGAUAAUGUAUCACAAUUGUCGGAUGCAGCAGAUGAUAAUGCAAACGUGAUGGCACCAACUACGACAACGAUGAUUGACGCCGAUGGAGAUGAAUCAUCAUCACAAGACGUGUUGCUGAGCCACCAUCUCAAUGAAUCAUCGUUGAAUGGAUCAUUAGAAGAUUCCGAAUCUGCAUCGGUUCCAUAUUCUGAAGAAGAUUUAAGCAGUCAAGGUGCUGCAUCAUGUUCGGUUGAUUCGACAGCUGCCACGAUCGGUUCAGAUGUGUCGGCCGUAUGCACAAUGCCCUCGUCGCUGGGAUCACCGCCAUCAAUUAUGAUAACAACUAGUACGCCAACGCCCAUCAUUAUUGGCUCACAAACAAUGGCCAACGGCGUCAAUGGUAAUGGUAACGCUAAUGGUGCUGCUGUCAUCAACAGUAACAAUAAUCAAACGACGACAUCAAACACAUCAUCAUCUGGUAUCGGUGAAGAGGAUUCUAAUCUUUCUACUGACGAACAACAUCAACAACAGAUUAUGGCUGUAUCAUUAACGCCCAACAUGAACAUUAAUCAACAACCACGGAUGUUGACGCCAUCGGAAGAGAAUUCUGUGGAUAAUUCAGUCGGUGAUGAUGAAGUUUCUUUGGAUGAAGCUCCGCCAAUGAAAAAACAGAAAACUGGAUUAGAUUUGGUUGCAGCUGCCGAACCAACAGGUGCUGAAGCUUGAUUAGUUAUUAGUAUUUUUAAAACAUCAAUUCAGCUGACUAUUCAUGUCUAAUCUAAAACAACUCUAAUUCUCUUUGCCCGUGUAUGAACUUUGCAUGCAGAAUACAUAAAAACACUCCUACAUGCAAAUAUAUAAAAUACAGCGACAAAAGUGAGACAUAUAAAUCUUGGGAAAAUUCUUUUUGCAUGCAAAAACGUUUACGAAUGAGUUGAAACCAUUGAAUUUUUAUCAUCAUUCACACAAAAUUUGACAUCAAUGAAACCCACGACCAUCCUCCUCCCCACACACAUUCGUACACUCUCAUUUGAUAUAAUAUCUUCACUCUCUAUUUGGAUCAUCAAACAAACCGAAUUCUUUCUUUUCAAUUCUUUGAAUCUCUUUUUUUUCUUAUUAUAAAACUUUGAAACAGAUAUCCAUAUAUACUAUAUAUUAAUCCCAAUUACAUCAACAACUACGCCCAUAUAAUGAAUAAUGAAAAAUCAAUCCCUUUUGCAUAUAAUUUAUGAAAAAGGAUUGAUUUUCCAUUCAAAAAAUUUUCACCUACAUAAACUCCAACACACACACACACACACACACACACACAACGAUUCGAAUAUUGUGUUUUUUAAGAAUAUUCUUAUUUAAGACUAGAUACCAACAAACAAAAACUUUUGAAAAUUGAUA